CCGCAUUCGACAAACGCGAGAGCUGCAGCGGACAAUCCCGAUUGGUGCCGAUAGCGACGUCGGUGAUUCCGCAACACAGGCAAAGCGAGCUGCAACAGAGCCACAUGUUUAAGCCAUCUAUUUGGACCGAAUUGUACCGAUAUUUGCUGUUUUAGAAGAAGAGUAAUAUAUUUAAAUAUCCAAUUGAGGCUGUGACGUUUACUAUGAAUUGUUCACUUAAGGUCUCGCAGGAAACAUAGCGGACUACAGCCGGCGAAUUCAAGCGGAGCCGAACAGUUAACAUUAGCUAGCUUUAGCCUGUUAGCUAUCCGUUAGCUCAGAAGCCGCUAUCUCGUCAACUCGCCAGACACCUGCACGCCAAGCUGUCCCGCGUUGAAGCUAAUUAUUCCGUUACGGUCAACACCGUGGGAUCUUCGCUCCUAUUUUCAUCAAGUAUUUUUUUUUGUUUUAAGUCCCGAGGUCACACUAAAGGAGGAGAGAACCGUGACAGGUUGAGGCUGGGACCAGCAGGGCAAUACAAGCCGUGUCCUCAAGUGGUCGUUCACCAUGGACAACACACACACAAAGACGGUUGAAGAAGUUUACAGCUUUUUUAACGUGAAUGAAAGCACAGGUCUGAGUUUAGAGCAAGUUAGGAAACAACGGGAACGUUAUGGACCAAACGAAUUGCCAGCGGAGGAGGGUAAAUCCCUUUGGGAACUAGUGGUUGAACAGUUUGAAGAUUUGCUUGUGAGGAUCCUUUUACUCGCCGCCUGCAUAUCAUUUGUGCUGGCUUGGUUCGAAGAGGGAGAAUCAACCGUUACCGCCUUCGUGGAGCCUUUUGUUAUCCUGCUUAUUCUCAUAGCAAACGCCAUCGUAGGAGUCUGGCAGGAGCGAAAUGCAGAAAAUGCCAUUGAAGCCCUUAAGGAGUAUGAGCCAGAGAUGGGGAAGGUGUACCGUCAGGACAGAAAAAGUGUCCAGAGAAUCAAAGCCAGGGACAUUAUGCCCGGGGACAUCGUGGAGGUGGCAGUUGGAGAUAAAGUGCCCGCAGACAUCAGGCUCUGCUCCAUCAAGUCAACAACACUGAGGGUAGACCAAUCAAUUCUUACAGGAGAGUCUGUGUCUGUGAUCAAACACACCGACCCUGUGCCAGACCCGCGUGCCGUCAACCAGGACAAAAAGAACAUGCUCUUCUCUGGCACCAACAUUUCAUCUGGUAAGGCUGUGGGUGUGGUGGUGGCCACAGGGGGCAGCACCGAGAUCGGCAAAAUCCGAGAUGAGAUGGCAGCAACGGAGCAGGAGCGCACGCCGCUGCAGCAGAAACUGGACGAGUUCGGACAGCAACUCUCCAAGGUCAUUACGCUAAUCUGCAUCGCUGUGUGGCUCAUCAAUAUUGGACAUUUCAACGACCCGGUCCAUGGAGGCUCCUGGAUCAGAGGUGCUGUCUACUACUUCAAGAUCGCUGUGGCUCUGGCAGUUGCUGCAAUCCCAGAGGGUCUGCCUGCUGUCAUCACUACUUGUCUGGCUUUGGGAACUCGGCGCAUGGCCAAGAAGAAUGCCAUUGUCCGCAGUUUGCCGUCUGUGGAGACCCUUGGCUGUACAUCUGUCAUCUGCUCUGACAAGACCGGCACGCUGACCACCAAUCAGAUGUCCGUGUGCAGGAACAAAGGGGUGUUUGAGAAGGUGGGCGAGGCCACAGAGACGGCUCUCACGUGCCUGGUGGAGAAGAUGAACGUGUUCGAUACGGAUGUCAAAGGCCUGUCAAAGAUCGAGAGAGCCAACGCCUGUAACUCUGUGAUCAAGCAGCUGAUGAAGAAAGAGUUUACGCUGGAAUUCUCCAGAGACAGGAAGUCCAUGUCUGUGUACUGCACUGCAAAUAAGGCCCGAUCCUCUGUUGGCAAGAUGUUUGUAAAGGGGGCCCCUGAGGGAUUGAUUGACAGGUGCACGCACAUCCGUGUGGGCAGUGACAAGGUGCCCUUGACCCCUGGCAUCAAGGAAAAAGUGUUGUCAGUAAUCAAGGAGUAUGGAAGCGGCAGAGACACUCUGCGCUGUCUGGCUCUCGCUACCCGAGACCACCGCUUGGUCAGAGAGGAGAUGAAGUUGGAGGACUCCGCCCGCUUUGUUGACUAUGAGACUGACCUGACCUUUGUUGGCUGUGUGGGCAUGCUGGAUCCUCCCAGGACGGAGGUGGCAGCCUCCAUCAGACUCUGCCGCCUCGCAGGCAUCAGAGUCAUUAUGAUCACUGGAGACAACAAGGGGACGGCCGUGGCUAUCUGCAGACGCAUUGGCAUCUUCGGAGAGAACGACGAUGUUUCCAGCAUGGCGUUCACCGGCCGAGAGUUCGACGACCUGUCGCCCGCUGCACAGAGAGAAGCUGUGCUGAAGGCACGCUGCUAUGCCCGUGUGGAGCCUUCACAUAAAUCCAAGAUUAUCGAGUACCUGCAGUCCUAUGAUGAGAUCACAGCUAUGACUGGUGAUGGAGUGAACGACGCCCCUGCUCUAAAGAAGGCUGAAAUCGGUAUUGCCAUGGGUUCAGGCACGGCUGUUGCUAAGAGUGCGUCAGAGAUGGUCUUGGCUGACGACAACUUCUCCACCAUCGUCGCUGCAGUGGAGGAAGGCAGAGCCAUUUACAACAACAUGAAGCAGUUCAUCAGAUACCUCAUCUCUUCCAAUGUGGGCGAAGUUGUCUGCAUCUUCCUGACCGCGGCGCUGGGAUUCCCUGAAGCUCUCAUCCCGGUGCAGCUGCUCUGGGUCAACCUGGUGACCGACGGUCUGCCCGCCACCGCUCUAGGAUUCAACCCACCGGACCUGGACAUCAUGACCAAGCCUCCCCGCAACGCCCGCGAGCCCCUCAUCUCAGGAUGGCUCUUCUUCAGAUACCUCACCAUUGGAUGUUAUGUGGGUGCUGGCACUGUGGGUGCUGCUGCCUGGUGGUUUGUUGCUGCUGAGGAUGGACCAAGGAUCACCUUUUACCAGCUGAGCCACUUCCUGCAGUGUGCCCCAGAGAAUCCAGAGUUCACAGAUCUGGACUGUAAGGUGUUUGAGUCUCCUUACCCCAUGACCAUGGCCCUGUCUGUGCUGGUCACCAUAGAGAUGUGCAAUGCCCUGAACAGCGUGUCAGAGAACCAGUCCCUGGUGAGGAUGCCUCCCUGGGAGAACGUGUGGCUGCUGGGAGCCAUCUGCCUCUCCAUGUCCCUUCACUUCCUCAUCCUCCACGUGGAGCCUCUUCCAAUGAUCUUCCAGAUCACCCCUCUGAAUAUGACCCAAUGGCUGGUGGUGCUUAAGAUCUCCCUGCCUGUCAUCCUACUUGACGAGUUCCUCAAGUUCGCCGCCAGGAACUACAUGGAGCCCGGUAAAGAGCUGGAGAAGCCGGCCGGCUCCAAAGGCUGCUGCCUGCCUGCAUGCUUGGAGGGCAUCUCCUGGCCCUUUGUGGCCCUUACCAUCCCCCUGGUGGGCUGGAUCUACAGCACCGACACUAACAUGGCCGACAUGUUCUGGUCCUGACUGACUUGAGCACAAUCUCGACUUUUUCCCAUUUUCCUCCCCCGCCCCUCACCGCCAUCACCUCCCUCUGUCCUCUCCCUCUCCCCUCUCUGCCUUCCUACAUGUGUGCAUAGCUUGCGUGUGAGCGUGUUUGUAGAGUUAGCGUGUGUACUAGUGCGUGCCUACCUACCACCUGUGAAGGACCAACUUUAACACAUAAAACGUAAUGGAUAAUAUAAAAUGUGAACCGAGAAGACACCUGGUUAGCGCUAGGAUAGGAUAUUUGAACGGGUGAGGCUUUCAAUGCUAGUGUAAGAAAAUCACCACUCCCGUAGCUGUGGACUUUGUUGCUUGUCUGUAAGAAAAAUAUACUGUUGACAGUUAUUUUAUUGUUAUUAUUAUUUUCAAUAUUACCUUUAAGGUUUAUAUUUACUAUUCUGGGAGUAUCAGUUGUUCUAUGUCACUACAGUAACAACAGUUAUGUUUAGCUUCCCUCUUCUUGAAUAGAAAGUUAAGAAAUCCAUCAUCUGUACAGAGAUAGAAUUUUAUGCAACUUUUUUUAUAGCUUCGUCAAUUGUUCGACCACUGUGGUUUUGACUUGGCGCCUUCAUUUAUGUUCACGUUUACCAUUGUGUCUUCAGUAUAUCAACUCAGAACUCUUUCAGAGAGGACAAGCUCCGUGUGGCGGACGAGGACGGGGAAAGGUUUGGGAGUAAACGUUCGAUUGCUCCGAUUUAACAAAAAGAAAAGAAAAAAAAUUGAAAACAAAAACGCCGCAUGUCUUGUGACCAAGCAUGAACUGUAUGUGGUUUCUCAUUUCUAAUUUAAUUGUGAAUGUCCCCCACCCCCAUGUUAGAGUUUAAAUUAACCUCAUGGAUGUACUUUUUUUUUACUAUAAUGAUUUGAAAAUAAGCCAGUUUUUCUGCACUGGGCAGAGCACAGCUACCUCAAUGUGAUAACAAUAAUCUCUUUGUUUUGCUCAUCUCGAGAUGCUUUUCCCUACAGGGUUUUGCUAAAGCGUAACAUCUGAAGUGUGCCCCUAUUUGCUUGUGCAAAAAACGAAGAACAAAACAUUUCCUUCCCCUUUAACAUUUUUAAGGAUAUAUUUUGUUUGUACUGAUUUCUGACUUUCAUUAACUUUAUUUGUGUUUUGCUUCGGAGGAAGAACUGAGAGGGGAUGAUGUUAUUUACCAUCUCAUGGCAUUUGAUUCAAAGGACAGUAAUGUUCAAAUCCUAAGACAAAAAAAUACUAAAGCAGAAAGUACUCCAAAUGAACUUGGAUUGCAAGAACCCAAAAUGUUGUUUUUUACUUUAAGGAAAUAUACACUCAUAAACCCUUUGAAUCAAAGUGUGCUCUGUCUUUAUUUAAUCCAUUGACUUCGUGGUUUUCAUAUCCAGUGUUUUUUUUUUUGUGUAUGUGCAUAUAAUACUUGAAUACAAACCAUUUCAGACAUAUGAAUGCUUCAGUGUCCUUGGCACAACAUGACCGGCAGGAGACAAUCUUAAAUAUUUGACUCUUGAAGGCUUUAAUAUCUGGAGGUUUUAGUUUGUGCUGGGCUUGCCGCUCUGUGAUGGUGUAUCCGAGCCCAUUCAGUCGACUGCACUAACAUUUAGAUCGUUUUUUGUUUUGCCUCAUCUAAAGCAUGUCUUACAAGGUAGAAGCCUGGGUUUGUCUGCACCGUGUGUGUGUGUUUGUGUUCCACUUAACAAGUGUGUGCUUUUCUUCCUCAAUGCCUUCCAUUGGCUCCCCUGUCACUAGAGUUGGCUCUCAUAAAAACUGGGAUCAUUUUUAAAUCUGAGUGGGCUCAGAGGCUGGCGUCGUCCUCCUCUCCAGCAUGUGUGCUCACUCUUACCUUCACACACCUCUGACACCAUGAUGACCAGCAGUGUGUGUACCCUUGCACUGACAAAAAGGACAAGUUUUCCAAAGUAAUAAGACCAAAUCCAUAAAGGUAUACUUAAAAGUGGUUGGAAACAGAAUUCCCUUUGCACCACAACACACGCCCACACACACACACACACACUUCCUAACAUUCGUAUACCUCUGUGUGCAGAUGCUAUAUAAACAUGACACUAUUCCAUUUGUGUGCAGGGAAGUUUUCAACACCCUCAGCGUUCCUUCUUGCAUGACAAACUCGUUUCCAAAAUUCCAUGGUAGCUUGUCACGUAGAGAAUCUUUUAAAACACUGCGUCAAACGGUCUUAGCUAUACAUCAGUGUAAAAAACAUCCAUGCAUGCGUUUCAGCUGUAUGUAGGCUUUGCAAUUUGUAUUUAUAGAUUAUAAUGUAUAAUAUUCAAAUAAAGACAUUAAGAGGGUUUUAAGAUGGAUAUAUCAUAGAUAUGUAAAUCAAUGUUUUUAUUGUAACGGUUGGGGUAAUUUGCAGAACACUAGAAAUUGAGAAAUUACUCAUGAUGAACUUGACUGCUCUACUUUUUUGUUUAACUUAAUUUUCUUUCUUCCAAUUACUAAGGGCCAAUAACUGACCCAUUAACUUUGUAAUGAAGUGAUCCUUUGCCAUGAGAACAACAGAGUUAACACUUUGAUUCAUUGGUAAUCCUGCAAUACAACAGUGUUCUCCUGUUUUCUUAUGCCUCUGCGUUAUAACUAUUAUUAUUACUGUCAUGUAUCUUUAUCAACUGCUGUAAAACUGUGAUCUUUUGAGAGGGGGCUUUCCCCUCAGUGACACCUAGUCAAAGAACAACAUUAACCAUAUGUAAAAAGACGAUCAUUAUUGAUUAUUGACUAAUAAUGGUUGUACAUGCAUUACUGAGGUUGUGGUUUCAGGUAAAUAAAACGAUAUAGUAUUUGAA